CGCUCCUCGCUACGACAGCAGUGUGUUGUGCACACCAAGCUGUUUUCCAAUUACUUACCAGCCAGUUUUGAUAAUAACUCGAGUACAGUCAUAACAAGGUACAAUAACAUGGCAUUGAUAAGGAACAGGUUUCCAACACAGUCAUAGUGGCAGAGUUUUAAGGUGAAGCAACUGAAAACGCGACAAUACUCACAAUGGAAGUGAAAAAUAAACGACUAUUCGGAGCUGUUGAGGUUACAGAGCCGCGGGCGCCGGCGGGGGACCCGUACCGCAUGAGGCAGCGGCCGCUCACCGUGGACGAGCUGGCUGAACUGGCCGCGCAUCUGCACAUCGCUCACCUCACCGAGCUGCAGCGGCUCAGGGACUUCCAGCGGCGCUAUCAGUGGCCGGCCGCGCAGGACCAAGGCUACGGCAAGCCGCGCCACCAGAUCAUACGAAUGAGCAGCCGGCUGGAGCAGGGGGCGCCAACCCUGGCCACGUGGCGGCCCGUCGUGCUCCCCAGGAAUCUAAAGGAGCUGUUUGAUACUGUGCCAAAAGCAGAGAGUAGAGAGGAGAGCGACGCCGUGUGGCGCGCCACAAGAGGCUGGGCGGCCGGCCUGCUCCUGCUGGUGGUGGCGCUGUUCCUGGUUCGGGCCACGGACAGGUUCUUCGCCGGCAGCUACUGGAGAUGGCGACGAAGCAGAUCGGAAGAAUGGCCGACACCAAACGUUCUCGCCACAAGCAAUCAUUCGGAGACAGCUCACGAGCUGGACCAGAUGCCGGCUGCGUCUGGCACCAACUUGGAGAUGUUCAGCGAGCUACCGCCGCCGCCGUACUCCUCAUGUGGUGACCUCGGCAACCUCCACGUCCUCCGCGACCACGACAAGGACAUAUACGAGGAGCCACCUCCCCCUUACUCCGCGUGCUUCGUGCAGUUCAACAACCCCAAAGACGGCGUACCUUCUGUACACAUCCACAACACUCAAUCAGCGAAUAUCUUGGAAGACCAAGAAGCCGCUUCGACAUCUAGCCAGGCCGGCAGCGGGCGGAGUGAACACACCACGAACCAGGUGAACCCUGGAACUGGAGGCGGAGAAACUCACUGUGGGGCCAGCUCAUCGAGAACGAGUCAACCGGAAUCACAAAGAGUGUGCUAGCUGUGAACAAUGACACUGUAGAGUGUAGACUAUGUAUGUAGCAAUAGUUGUCGUGCGGCGUGUACAUUUAUGAUUCUUAUAGUAUAACAGACAAGCGGGUGAUAAAUCUGAUGUUUUUUAUGUGUGUUGGCACCAUGUUUGCGCCGGCAAUAGCUGAUCGCAUCUCAUUCGGGAGGCGUCGGUUUGAUCCCCGCCACGUACCAGUUCAUUCGACUCUACUAUCAUGGUGGACAUAACAAACCCACUUCUUGCGAUGAGGUUGAAUCCAGAGAGUUUAUGCGCUAGUAGGCGCAGAGUUACAGAUGUUGCGUUACGAAAGGCUGUGCAAGAACACCUUGACUUUUCCUGCUGGUUUAAUUACGUUCGGUGACUUUACUUCGGUCACUUACCAUCUCCAUACCAAUGAAUGGUACAUUAUCCCGGUUUAACACCAAACCGGUUGCAGAAACCUGGAAGAAAUAGUGAGGAAUCAACGCGCUAUUCCAGUUUUCAAAUGAUCGCCCUUUAGUUUUAUAUAUCUUAUAUUCGACACUGUUCGCUGAGUUAUAAUCAUGAAGUAGAUAUUAAGUUAGGAUGGACGAGAUCUAUUGAAAUAUGUUGUGAAGAUUGUGAUUUAUAUUAAACAUAAUGUGAUACAGUUUCUAAAAUAAGAUAUUCCUGGUUAAAGGAUAUGAAUAUUAAUUAAAUAUAAUUCGAGGUACAGUGGAAUGAGUUCACCUUAUUGUAUUGUAAAAAUGCUGCAAAUCGUACACAUCGGAUACGAUAAUACUGUUGUUAAUAUAAGAGUGAGUAACUGUACAACGAGAAAACGGAAUCAAUUUGCACAACACACAUUAUUAGAUGAUCUUCAGUGGCCGUUUCCAAUAACCUAUCUAUCCUUAGUUUAACUUACUAGAGGUAGAGGUAGAAAUCUAUCAUUUUACGGUUACAACAUUUCAAUAACUUAUGGAUAUAAAGCAUUGGACUAUAACUAUAUUGGACAUAACUAUAGAUAGAUAAGAUCUUGUCAUUAAACGGUGACAGCAAUGUAUCCGUAGGUAAUAGAUAAUUAGAGAUACGAUAUUGAAAACGGCCGACAAUACUACGACCACUGACUCUACUGUAAGAUUGACUUGUGGCAGGUUCUUUAUUAGAAACAUUACAUAUUCUGUUCAUAAAAUAUAAUCAAUUUAAUCUGUAAUUAUUUAAUAGAUCGUGUCAACGAUAUGAUCUUUGGGAAUUAAUCCACUGUUUAGCAACUCUAAUUUAUCGUCGCACCCAUAGUUUGUACGAAAGGCCGGGUCACUCUUCAAUCCUGGAUGAUGCUAAAGUAAUAAAACAUAGGUUAGGUUAGGUUAGCUUACUAUAGAAGAGAUUUCGCUGCACCGAAUUUAUAUUAACAUGUUUUUUUCUCUCGGUCGAAAUGUUUCAGAUAAGUUACAGUGAUAUGAAUAUAAAAGGAAUCACAGAAAUGGUACGUGCUGAGUAUAAUAUGUCUAUUUGUGAAAUUAUAAAACCUUCUACAUUUAUAAAAGAAUUUGUGAAUAUAAGUAUAUGUAACACCAUUUCAAGUAACGUUCUUACAUACAUUAGACAAUCUCGUGUAAUCUCAGGCCAUACCUACUUAUAUUUAGAUCAUGAAUGUAAAAGGAAUCUGAUAAUUUAGGCUGGGUUGCAUUAUAUUUGCUGUUUUAGCUUAAGUCAAAUUUUACGUUAACACUAACGCUGACUUUAACAUAGACUGCGUAAUGUGUGGCACCAUCGUAAUCCUUGGCAUAGUUAAAGUUAAAAUGUGAUAUAUCAUAGUACAAGAUCACACUGUUCGAUUAUGCUGGUAUGUGUUUUUAUGAUAAAAGUAAUUUUAAAUGAACGUUGACAGCCGCAAAGGUUGCCAAGUGUAAACGGAUAUACCUAUUAUUGUUUAUUAUUUACGGUCAGCUGUAUUUUUUUAAUUUCAAUAAUGUGUGGCGGUCCUCCACAGUGCGGUUUACAAGGAACUUUCUUCCACGUACUACAAAGCUGUGGAAUGAACUUCCUUGUGCGGUGUUUCCGGGACGAUACGACAUGGGUACCUUCAAAAAAAGCGCGUACACCUUCCUUAAAGGCCGGCAACGCUCCUGUGAUUCCUCUGGUGUUGCAAGAGAUUGUGGGCGGUGGUGAUCACUUAACAACAGGUGACCCGUACGCUCGUUUGUCCUCCUAUUCCAUAAAAAAAAAAUAAGUUUUAUAUUUACUAUUUACGAUAAACCAUCGUUGCUAGCUAAAGGUAGCCAUUUAAAAACACAUGCGUGCAGAAUCAAGCAGUGGGAUCUUAGGAUAUCAAGUCAAUAUCGAAUAUUUUUAAAUGCACCAGAAAUUUUACUAAACAAUAAAUAUUAAUUAUAAAAAAAAAUCUCCCAACUAGUUUAUCCUCUUAUAUAUGCUUGAGAAAGUUUGUAGGUAAGCAUUUCUAUUAAGUAGGUUUCAUUAUACGGAGAACUUCCUAAUAGGGCGCAUUGUACUGUAGGUCAAAGAUAAGAAGUGUAUAGAAGUAUGUUGUAUGCAUCUGUCCAUUUGUAACAUACUCUGUAUUAUUAUAAAGUAUUUCAAAUAUA